AGCUAAUCAUGUCCUGUUGGGUUGGCUUCAUGGCUAUUUCUGUAUAGGAAGGUUUGCGAUUCCCCUGAAGUGUGGCUGCAUUGGAUAGCAUGACUAUCUAUCCACCCGCUCUGAUUCAUAACAGCAUACGGUGCAAAUCAGAUCGAAAUGCUAAAGUUGCCCAUUCAUUCGGUGUUGGUUAACCAGAAGGCUACCAGCAGCCCCGAGCAUAGCAGUACCUUGUUAGCAAGUCAGCUUCCUGCCCAGGAUGUUGGAACCACUAAACGAGGGUUUUCUUUCUAGAAUAUCUGAUCUGCUGCUGUGCAGAUGGACCUGCCGGCAUUGCUGUCAGAAGUGCUACGAGUCCAGCUGUUGCCAGUCAAGCGAGGAUGAAGUUGAAAUUCUGGGACCUUUCCCAGCCCAGACUCCUCCCUGGUUGAUAGCCAGCCGGAGCAGUGACAAGGACGGUGACUCUGUCCACACAGCCAGUGAUGUCCCGCUGACUCCGAGGACCAGCUCCCCGGAUGGCAGGCGCUCGUCCUCAGACACAUCCAAGUCCACGUAUAGCCUGACCCGGAGGAUUUCCAGUCUUGAGUCAAGACGGCCCAGCUCCCCGCUCAUCGAUAUCAGACCUAUCGAGUUUGGCAUCCUCAGUGCCAAGAAGGAGCCAAUCCAGCCCUCGGUUCUCCGACGGACCUACACCCCUGAUGACUACUUCAGAAAGUUCGAGCCCCGGCUCUACUCCCUGGACUCUGGCAGUGACGACGUGGAUGCUCUGACUGAUGAGGAGAUCCUGUCCAAGUACCAGCUGGGCAUGCUGCACUUCAGCACACAGUACGACCUACUACACAACCACCUCACCGUUAGGGUCAUUGAGGCCCGGGACCUGCCGCCCCCCAUUGCCCAUGAUGGCUCUCGCCAAGACAUGGCACACUCCAACCCCUACGUCAAGAUCUGCCUCCUACCCGACCAGAAGAACUCUAAGCAGACAGGGGUCAAGCGCAAGACCCAGAAGCCUGUGUUUGAGGAGCGCUACACCUUCGAGAUCCCCUUCCUAGAAGCCCAGAGGCGGACCCUGCUCCUGACCGUGGUAGACUUCGAUAAGUUCUCACGCCACUGUGUCAUUGGCAAAGUGUCUGUGCCUUUGUGUGAAGUAGACCUGGUGAAGGGCGGGCACUGGUGGAAGGCCCUGAUUCCCAGCUCACAGAAUGAAGUGGAGCUUGGGGAGCUGCUUCUGUCACUGAACUAUCUCCCCAGCGCAGGGAGGCUGAAUGUUGACAUCAUUCGAGCCAAGCAACUUCUGCAGACAGACGUGAGCCAAGGCUCAGACCCAUUUGUGAAGAUCCAGCUGGUUCAUGGUCUCAAGCUUGUAAAAACCAAGAAGACAUCCUUCUUAAGAGGCACAAUUGACCCUUUCUACAAUGAAUCCUUCAGCUUCAAAGUUCCCCAAGAAGAACUGGAAAAUGCCAGCCUAGUGUUUACAGUGUUUGGCCACAACAUGAAGAGCAGCAAUGACUUCAUUGGCAGGAUCGUCAUUGGCCAGUACUCCUCAGGGCCCUCAGAGUCCAACCACUGGCGCCGGAUGCUCAAUACCCACCGCACAGCUGUGGAACAGUGGCACAGCCUGAGGUCUCGAGCUGAGUGUGACCGUGUGUCUCCUGCUUCCCUGGAGGUGACCUGAAAGCUGCAAGAGGAGGCAGCUUUUAUUUGUGCAAAGACAGAAAAAAAAUGUGUCACAUGCUAUUACAUCCAUACCUGUUACAACAAACACACAUUAUAAAUCCUCUCAGACCUGAGAGGAAGCUGACUUUUCAUCACAAAAUAGCCACUCUUGUUGAGGGAGGCCUGAGAACUUUCCAGAAGCCCCAGCCACCUAUAUCAUGAGCCACGUGGGCUCUGCCCUGGGCCUUACUGGCAAUGCCUGCUCUUGCUCAUACCCCAUUCCAAAAUGUACUUUCUACCCUUAGGCCAGAGAAAGGGCCUACCAGAGGGAGCCAGUCACCAUCAAGACUAAAUUUACCAGGAGUGGCUAGUGGGUGGGAGGCCCGAUUCCCACUCCUAUAACACAGACCCACUGAGUCACUUCUGAACAGGCACCUGUACCCUGGGGUUCUUCUGACCUGAUACUUUCUCCAAAGGUGUAAGUAUCUCUGUUUUCUCCAUAGUAAAUGUAAUAAAGUAGGUUAGACUAUUUGGAGAAACCAAAUGGCAACAACAACAAAAAAUCCAGUGUAAGAAAGGUCUCACAGCUUAACUGAUUUGUCCUUGUGUUAGCUUGCUCCAGGGGUUACCCUGUGGGGAUAUAUGUAUAUGUUCUCGUCUGUGUGUGUGUGUUGUGUAUGUAUGUGUGUGUGUGUGUGUGUGUGUGUGUCUGUGCCCUCACAGGUGAACACAUAUGUGCCUCCCUGUCCUCUUGGAGAGCAAAGUGGUGGCUGGGACCUCCACCCAGAGCAUUCCUCUUUCUGCCUCUCCUGUCACCCAUGUCCUGCCGUCUGUCAGCGCCCCUGCUUGGGGGUAAUGGCACUGUGUCUUUGUCCAGUAAAUAGGACAUGAUAGAGCAAAGGCAGCGGUGUUUUGACUGAAUUGUGGAGAUUGUGACUCACCAAGAACCCAAUGCCCGGAUUACAGUGGCUACCGCGCCCCAGCGUGACAGUCUCCUUCAUCAUGCCCCUAAGAUCUUUCUGUGUUUGUGCGAGAGCCAAAGUCAUGUCUUACAUGCUAAGGAAUUAGUGUAUUUAGAAUAGAUCGCUCUCUUUCCUUGUUGGAUGCUUCUGUGUCUUUUCCACAGCACAUUGUCUGGUGUC